AUGAGUAAAUCCUCCAUCAGCACUGACCAGGAGCUACGCAUUGGGGACAGUCUCAUCAGUAACAACAGGAAUUUCAAGGCUGUGUUCCAGGUGAGAGGGCUCCUGUCAUAUUUCAGUAACUUUGUUCUGUACAAGUGGAGUCCAGUUUGGGCAACUAACACUGUCGGUAAAGACCCAUAUCGCAUUAUUCUGCAGUCAGACACAAACCUGGUGAUGUACAUGAAGAAGAAUACGCCUGUGUGGGACACUAAGAACCACGAGAUCCAGCCCUGCAAACACCUGCGUCUGAUCCUGACCGACCAGGGCAGACUGCAGGUGGAGCAUCUGGGAUCAUGAAAGGGGCCGUGUGCAGAGCCACAUCUAACAUCCAGGGGGCCCUAAGCCAAAUCUGACAUGGGACUCUCCGGCUCUUCACUGCCACUCGGGUUCAAGUGAUUAAGUGAUCAACAUCUGCACUAAAUAUAUCUGUAAUACAUUUGAAUAUAACAGUAUGAUAACAUUUAUGGAUUCUGACAGAGGUGGGACCAAGUUGUUGUUUUGCAAGUCUCAAGUCUUUGACCUCAAGUCCGAGUCAAGUUCCAAGUCAAAUACAGACAAGUCCAAGUUGAGUUUCAAGUCGCUGGCCCAUAAGUCCAUAUCAAGUCCAAGUCAUCUGCUUUGAGCUUCAAGUCACUUCAAGUCUUUAAACCAAACCAAAUAUAGGUUAGAUUUUUGCAAUUUAUAU